AUGGCUGAAUGUGGAACAGAGCAGCGUACUUUGGAAGAUACUUCAACUUGGGCUGUUGCGGUUGUUUGUUUUUUCUUGGUUGUUAUUUCAAUCUUCAUUGAACAUGUCAUUCACCUCACUGGAAAGUGGCUGGAGAAAAAGCACAAGCCAGCUCUUGUUGAAGCUCUAGAAAAGGUUAAAGCAGAGCUUAUGCUAUUGGGAUUUAUAUCCCUACUUCUAACGGUAGGCCAAGAUGCUGUCACUCAAAUUUGUGUUUCGAAGGAGCUUGCAGCAACUUGGCUUCCCUGUGCAGCAAGAGCUAAAGCAGGAGUAAAAGUUGCGAAGAACAGUCGUCUUAGACUUCUUGAAUUUUUAGAUCCUGACUAUGGUUCGAGGCGUAUUUUAGCCUCGAAAGGAGAUGAUGCAUGCGCUAAGAGGGGCCAACUCGCUUUCGUGUCGGCAUAUGGAAUCCAUCAGCUCCAUAUUUUCAUCUUCGUCUUGGCUGUCUUCCAUGUCCUAUAUUGCAUCAUCACUUUGGCUUUCGGCAGAACAAAGAUGAGCAAAUGGAAGGCCUGGGAGGAUGAAACCAAGACAAUUGAAUACCAGUACUAUAAUGAUCCAGCAAGAUUUAGAUUUGCCAGAGAUACUACGUUUGGACGCCGACACUUGAGCUUCUGGAGUCGUACACCAAUUUCCCUCUGGAUUGUUUGUUUCUUCAGACAAUUCUUUGGAUCAGUUACCAAGGUUGAUUACAUGACACUGAGACAUGGAUUCAUUGUUGCACAUCUAGCACCCGGAAGUGAAGUAAAAUUUGAUUUCCACAAAUACAUUAGCAGAUCUCUGGAAGACGACUUUAAAGUUGUUGUGGGGAUUAGUCCCGCAAUGUGGCUAUUUGCUGUUCUCUUCAUCCUAACUAAUACAAAUGGGUGGUAUUCAUAUCUAUGGCUGCCUUUCAUUUCCUUAUUUAUAAUUCUAUUGGUGGGAACAAAGCUCCAUGUCAUUAUAACUCAUAUGGGAUUGACAAUUCAAGAAAGGGGUCAUGUUGUGAAGGGUGUUCCGGUCGUUCAGCCUCGGGAUGACCUGUUUUGGUUUGGCCGUCCACAACUUAUUCUCUUCCUGAUCCACUUUGUUCUCUUUAUGAAUGCAUUUCAGCUUGCCUUCUUUGCUUGGACCACAUAUGCAUUCACGUGGAGGGGUUGUUUCCAUCAGCGAAUUGAAGAUAUUGCCAUCAGACUCUCAAUGGGGGUUAUCAUACAAGUUCUCUGCAGUUAUGUCACACUCCCACUCUAUGCUUUGGUUACUCAGAUGGGCUCUAACAUGAGACCAACCAUUUUCAACGACCGAGUGGCGACGGCAUUGAAGAACUGGCACCACUCCGCCAAGAAGAACAUGAAGCAGCAUCGCAACCCAGACAGUACCUCACCAUUCUCAAGCAGGCCAACAACUCCAACUCACGGCAUGUCUCCUAUUCACCUUCUGCACAAACAUCAGCAUGGCAGCACAUCUCCCAGGCUAUCCGAUGCCGAACCCGAUCGGUGGGAAGAGUUACCUCCUUCUUCACACCAUAAUAGAGCCCAUGAUAAUCAAGAUCAACAAGAACAAUCUGAGACUAGUAGAGAACAGGAGAUGACGGUUCAACGACCAAGUUCAAGUGAAACCGGUUCCAUAACACGUCCUGCUCGCCCUCAUCAGGAAAUCACUAGGAGUCCAUCGGACUUCUCAUUUGCCAAAUGA